AUGUGCAAAGGCUGGCGUGGGCGUUGGGGGGGACGUGGGCGUGGGGGGAACGUGGGCGUGGGGGGACGUGGGCGGGAACCUGGGUGUGGGCGGGGUCGUGGGAGUGGCGAGCACAGCGUGCCUCGUGCUCUUGCUAGAGCCCUCUGGGGCCCCUGCAUUGUCGCCUUUGAGAACAUGGUUAAGUAUGCUGCGCUUCAGCGGGCCCAGCUGCAUCUGGAUUUCAUCCAUGCCAACUCCACGACCCACAGUUUCCUUUUCGGAGCUCUUGCUGAACUGCUAGACAAUGCAAGAGAUGCGGGGGCCACAAGACUUGAUGUGUUCUCAGUGGAUAAUGAAAAACUGCAGGGUGGAUUCAUGUUGUGUUUCCUUGAUGAUGGAUGCGGCAUGGGCCCUGAGGACGCUUCAGACAUUAUUUACUUUGGAACCUCCAAGAAGCGGUUGUCUGCCUUCAAGUUUAUUGGGCAAUAUGGCAAUGGGCUGAAAAGUGGGUCCAUGAGAAUUGGAAAAGACUUCAUUCUUUUUACCAAGAAGGAAGAAACCAUGACCUGUCUGUUUUUUUCUCAGACUUUCUGUGAAACAGAAGGCCUUACUGAGGUUGUAGUUCCCAUUCCUUCAUGGAUAACAAGAACCAGAGAAUCUGUCACAGAUGAUCCCCAGAAAUUCUCAACAGAACUAUCUAUAAUUUAUAAAUACUCCCCAUUUAAAAAUGAAGUUGAAUUGAUGCAACAAUUUGAUAUGAUCUAUGGAAAAUGUGGCACUUUGGUGAUUAUUUAUAACUUGAAGCUUCUGCUUAGUGGAGAACCAGAGUUGGAUGUGAAAACAGACAAAGAAGACAUCCUGAUGGCUGGGGCUCUGGAGGAUUUUCCGGAGAGAUGCUCAUUCAGAGCUUACGCCUCUGUUCUGUAUUUUGACCCAGGGAUGAGAAUCUAUAUCCAAGCAAAAAGAGUUCAAACAAAGAUCCUAUGUCAUUGCCUCUACAAACCCAGAAAGUAUCUGUAUGUCACAUCUUCUUUUAAAGGCAUAUUUAAAAGUGAAGUUAAAAAGGCGGAAGAAGCAGUAAAGAUUGCUGAACUUGUGUUGAAAGAAGCACAAAUCAAAACAAACCAGCCUAACACAAUUUCUUUGCCUUCUGCCGAGAAUGUAUUACAGAAAGCUUUGGAAGAUAUAGAAGCAAAGCGUAAGAAUCUUAACGAGAAACAGAGAGAAUUGAGAAAAGCAAGAACCCUCUCCCUGUACUUCGGAGUGAACAUAGAAAACCAAAGCCAAGCUGGAGUGUUUAUUUACAGUAACAACCGUUUGAUCAAAAUGCAUGAGAAAGUGGGCCCACAGUUGAAACUGAAGUCCUUACUUGGUGCAGGUGUGGUUGGAAUUGUUAACAUACCUUUGGAGAUCAUGGAGCUAUCCCAUAAUAAGCAAGAAUUUCUUAAUGUUCAAGAGUAUGGCCAUCUAUUAAGAGUCAUGGGACAGUACUUGGUGCAGUAUUGUAAGGACACUGGCAUGAGCAACAGAAAUCUAACAAUGUUUUGGAAUGACCUUGGGUACCAACAAAACAAGGAUAUUGAGAAAUCCUCAGAGAUUCAAUACCAAAGGAGACAGGCCAUGGCCAUUCCAUUCAUGUUGCAGUGUGAUCUUUGCCUUAAGUGGAGAGUCUUACCAUACCCUACUGAUUUCCAGGAAAUGGAAUUCCUCGACAUGUGGAUUUGUGCUAGUAAUCCUAACCUUUCGGAAAACAGCUGUGAUCAGGUAGAACGGCUGCCUUCCAUACCCCUGGGCACCAUGAACACAGCCUCCUCAUCAAAAAGUGAGAGACAGAAGCAGCUGAGAGAGUCCAUCCAAAAGUAUCAGAAUAAGCUGGCAGAAAUUCAGCCACAGCCUCAACUUAUAUCAUCAAGUAAGGUGACAGGAACCACUUCCACCUUGUUCUCUUCAGCUCCUAAGUUACUUACCCAAACGCAGAAACUCAGGAUUGCAAGUGACAAUUUGAAGCAUGGAUCUCUUUCCUCUCUUGAGUUUUCAGUCAACCACAGAGACCAAAAAAGAAAUCCAGAAGGUGCAGAAUCUUAUAAAGAGUAUGUUCCUCAAACUAAGAUAGUGAAGAAAUCUAGUCCCAAACCCCAACAGCAGAGAGAUGUAGCAGCUCUACCAGAAAACAUCGAACUAUCUCAGAGAUCCCAGGUAGCUCAUUCUCAUAAAGAAGUUGAAAUCAAUUUUCUUAUAAUGUUUUGUGCUGGGGAGAGAAAAGAGGGCAGGGUCCCAACCUCACACAAGAAGGUCAAGGAGUACUUCAUGUUGAAUCCAGCAACAACAAUCAAGAUAUCAUCCUGGAGCCAAAUGAACAUGGAGGUGAUGGUUAAUCUUGACUGUCACCUUGAUGAUCCGAUUGAAAAGCAACUAGAAGAUUACGAGAGCAUAGCUUUAGGGUGGGGAGAUGCAGUGUGUUAUGAGGACAUUGAUCACAUUGAUUCUAGUGGAAAAAGUCUUGGUGUUCAGUGUUCUCCCUCUUCCAAAUGUGUGCAUACACCUACUGUGGGGAAAGUGUUACGAUUUCAUCCUUCUGUGUGGGCACCACAUCGCAAUACAUCUGACCAACCCUACAACACAACACAUAGAGUUUUAAAUAAAGAGCUUGUUUUUCAGAUUCUGGAUGAAGAUGACACUGAUGUUGCCUUGAAACAAGAAAGUCAUGAAGUUCUUCUUGUCAACAGAGAAAAAAAGGAACAAUAUAAUGGUAUUUCGGCAAUAAAAGGAAAACCUUCAUUAUUUAACCAGAAAAACUUGCCCAGGAUGCCUGUGGAAGAUAUAAUUCCAAGUUGUGGACGUGAAGCUAGAGUUUCUGUCAGUGUUGGUGACCAUGUUGCUUCUUCACUAGUGGAAUCUUCUCAAAGCGCAUCUGUCAAGGAAACUGUGAGAAAACUCACAUCUAUUUUAAGGGAGAUUCUUCAAUAUUUUGUGCCUGAGUGUCAACUGCCACCAGAAUUUGAAUACACAUCUGUAGAAGAACUUUUGGAAAAUUCUGAUCUGGAGCAAUGCCCAGAGCAGACAAACGAGAAGCUGAAAAUAUGUUUCAACCAGAUCCAGAAUCUAUACAUGGUUCAUUACGAAAAAAGGCUAAAGAGAAAAAUACAGUCCCUCAUUUAUCAUGUGAACAGAAGAGGAAUACUUAAUGAAAUCUCUUGGGGACAGUGUGAACAAAAAAGGAAGAUGGUGGAAGGUAAACUGAAUGACCUUCGUACGAAAGUGGCGGUGAUACUGCAGAAGCUUCAGCUGGGUGGUCCAGUGGGUGACCUGGAGCAGAUCGAUGCUUAUUUAGAAUCUUUGCUUCAAGAAGAUAAUGCAUUUCUCCAGAAGACUUUGAAUAAGGGGAUUCUAGAUUGGGGACAUAAAUCUCGUUCCAAAAAAGAAUGA